AUGCUGCCGAGAAAUAAUUUGGAAACGUCUACUUGCAAAAUGACAGAGGCAUUUAAUUUUGAGAAAGGUGAAAGCAAGCUUCCGCCACGGGAUUCUUUGAGAAGUCCUAGAGCCCAUCAUAACCAUCCUAAUUUCAGGUUGAAAAGCCCAGAGAAUAUAAUUAAAAAGAACAAUUUUUUGCUUUCUGAGCAAACCAAACAAUAUCUGGCGAGUCAAGAAGACAAUUUGGCAUCGUCACACCCUAAUGGCAUCAAUGGAGAAGUAGGCCCCAGAGCAGAAGGGAAGACACUGCCUGCAGGAAACUCACUAUCACCAUUACAUAUUGGAAAUAAUUCACCACCCAAAGAAAAGCCCAGCAACAAUGUGCCUCCUACAAAGUCAAAAAAACUGCACAAGGUGACUGAGAACUCUCUGUCCAUCAGUAACCCAGCGCUCUUCACCUCCUUGGCACCGCCUGUUCGGUCCACAACUUGCCAUCGCUGCGGCCUGUUUGGUUCACUGAGGUGUUCUCAGUGCAAGCAAACGUACUACUGCUCCACGGCGUGCCAGAGGAGGGACUGGUCGGCUCACAGCAUUGUGUGCAAACCUGUGCAGCAAAAUGUCCACAAGCUUGAAGAUAAUAAAUCACCCUUUGAAACAAAAAACGUGGAAGUGAAAAAUGAGAAUGGGUAUCCACUGGGAGUUACUAAAGAGAUAACUGUUUCUGCUGAGAAAACCAUGCUUUCUGACUUGAGAAGUCUACAGCUCAAGAAGACCAUGGAAAUUAAGGGUACAGUUACCGAAUUCAAACACCCAGGUGACUUCCACGUGCAGUUGUAUUCUUCAGAAGUUUUAGAAUACAUGAACCAGCUUUCUGUGAGCUUAAAAGAAACAUACGCAGGUUUGGGGACUGAUGAGGAGUAUAUCCCGGCGAAGGGGGAGGUCUGUGUCGCCAAGUACACGGCUGAUCAGACCUGGAACAGGGUGGUGAUCCAGGAUGUGGAUGCACUGCAGAAGGAGGCACACGUCUUAUAUAUUGAUUUUGGAAAUGCAGAAACCAUUCCAGUGAACAGAAUUCGCCAGUUAAACAGAAGCAUUGAUUUAUUUCCUCCUUGUGCCAUAAAGUGCAGAGUGGCCAGUGUUAUCCCAGCAGAGGGGAGCUGGAGCAGCGAUUGCAUCCAAACCAUGAAGUCACUGUUAAUGGAGCAAUACUGCUCUAUAAAGAUUGUCGAAGUCUUGCAAGAGGACAUGGUUACCUUUGCCGUUGAUGUUACACUGCCAAGUUCAGGAAAACUCUUAGACCAGGUGCUUGUAGAAAUGGGAUAUGGCCUGAAACCCCAAGGACAGAAUUCUAAGAAGCCAAGUGCAGAUCAAAGUGAUCCUGAAGAUGUUGGAAAAAUGACAGCUGAAAACAAAAUUGUUGUUGACAGAAGUGACCUGAUUCCAAAAGUGCUAACCUUGAAUGUAGGUGAUGAAUUCUGUGGUGUGGUUGCCCACAUUCAAACGCCAGAAGACUUCUUUUGCCAGCAACUGCAAAGUGGUCAUAAGCUUGCCGGACUUCAGGCGUCUCUUAGUGAGUACUGUGGCCAAGUGUCUCGGCGCUCUGAUUUUUAUCCAACCAUCGGCGAUAUAUGUUGUGCUCAGUUCUCAGAGGAUGACCAGUGGUACCGUGCCACUGUCCUGGCUUACGCUUCUGAAGAUUCCGUACUGGUUGGCUAUGUGGAUUAUGGAAACUUUGAAAUCCUUAGUUUGACGAGACUCUGUCCCAUCGUCCCAAAGUUGCUGGAAUUGCCAAUGCAAGCUAUAAAGUGUGUACUGGCAGGUGUAAAGCCAUCAUUAGGAAUUUGGACUCCAGAAGCUGUUUGUCUCAUGAAGAAAAUGGUGCAGAACAAAAUGAUCACGGUGAGAGUGGUGGGCAAGCUGGAAACCAGUUCCCUGGUGGAGCUGAUAGAUAAAUCCGGGACAUCCAACGUCAGCAUCGGCAAAGUCCUCGUGCACGCCGGCCUUGCCACCGAGGAGUGCGGAGCCCUGACGGACAAACCUGGUGACGGGAAAGAAGCCGGCGUUCCCCUGGGUGUAGAAGGAAAAGUAAGCGCGCUGUCAUGGACAUGGGUCGAACUUGCUGCUGACCAAACCUUAGAUGUUAUGGUCUGUAUGAUAUACAGCCCUGGAGAAUUCUAUUGCCAUGUGUUUAAAGAUGAUGCCUUACAGAAACUCAGCGAUUUGAACAAAUCACUUGCAGAAUAUUGCCAGCAGAAGUUGCAUAAUGGUUUUAAGGCAGAAAUAGGGCAACCUUGUUGUGCUUUUUUUGGAGGUGAUGGCAAUUGGUACCGUGCUUUAGUCAAGGAAAUCUUACCUAAUGGAAACAUUAAAGUACAUUUUGUGGAUUACGGAAACACCGAAGAAGUUACUGCAGAUGAAUUGCAAAUGAUAUCGUCAACAUUUUUACAACUUCCAUUCCAGGGGAUAAAGUGCUGGCUAGUAGAUGUACAGCCUAGAAAUGAACAUUGGACUAAAGAAGCCAUAACAAGAUUUCAGAUGUGUGUAGCAGGGAUAAAACUCCAAGCCAGAGUGGUUGAAAUCACUGAAAACGGGGUGGGAAUUGAACUCACUGAUCUUUCCACUUCUUAUCCCAAAAUAAUUAGUGAUGUUCUUAUUGGUGAACAUCUGGUUUUAAAAGCUGGUUCACCUCAUAAAGACCUGCCAAAUAACCAACCUGUUAAUGAACAUAGCUCUGACGAUGACACCCAGGGGCUUCAAGCUGUCUCUUCAGGUGAGCAGUGGAAGACGAUAGAAUUGCCAAUUAAUAAAACUAUACAAGCGAAUGUAUUAGAAAUCAUAAGCCCUAGUUUGUUUUAUGCUAUUCCAAAUGAGAUGCCAGAAAACCAGGGGAAGCUGUGCAACCUGACAGCUGAAUUGUUAGAAUAUUGCAAUGCCCAGAAGAGUCUGCCAUCCUACACACCAAGAGUGGGAGAUGCUUGCUGUGCCAGAUACACAAGUGAUGAUUUCUGGUACCGUGCAGUUGUUCUGGGGACGUCAGACACUGAUGUGAGAGUGCUGUAUGCAGACUAUGGAAAUAUUGAAACCCUGCCUCUUUCCAGAGUGCAGCCAAUCACCGCCAGCCACCUGGAGCUUCCUUUCCAGAUUAUUAGGUGUUCACUUGAAGGUCUAAUGGAAUUUAAUGGAAGCUGUUCUCAAUUAGUGAUAGAGCUGUUAAAAAAUUUCAUCUUGAAUCAGAAUGUAAUGCUUUUUGUGAAAGGAAUUACUAAGAAUGUCCAUACAGUGUCAGUUGAGAAAUGUUCGGAGAAUGGUACUGUCAGUGUAGCUAAUAAGCUGGUGAUGUAUGGUCUGGCAAAAAAUGUCACGUCUAAAAAGCCAAGUGCUUUCAAUAAAGAAAAGACACACAGGAUGAAUUGCUGCUGCACAGAAUUACAGAAACAAGUUGAAAAACAUGAACAGAUUCUUCUCUUCCUCUUAAACAAUCCUACCAAUCAAAACAAGAUUUUUGAAAUGAAAAAGCUGUUAAAAAGUUAA